AUGAUUGACACAGGGAUGGAGAUCCACUGGUCGAAGUUCACCAACAGCCAAUACGAUCGAUCUUCUUCUAGAAGUCCUUCAGAAGGGCCAGGCUUGCUUUCCCGCGGCAAAGACGACUUGAAAAUAAGCGACUUUUGUUGGUCGCAAAAAACGAUGCCAUGUCCUUCCCAUGCAGUUCUGAAUGCGACGUUAGGGGCUUGUUCACGCUCGUACUACGUCCUCAAUGUGUCCUCUCGUCAUGACUGGCGUACUCUGGACUUGGUCAAAAUACGAAAGAUGGCAAAGAACCAAGCCCGCGGAAAUUGUGCCAGGUGAUUCCCGAAUGGCAUACUAAUCCUCCAGCUGAUCAUUGUUUGAAGCUUGGGUCAGAUAUUACCCGGCGUCAACAAAUGGAAGCCGACCCCGCACGUUAUGACAGUAACUCAACACUUUUCCUUUCGAAGCAGGAGCCUCAAUUAGCACGCCCGCUUGUUUAUCCCUUGCCUUCACUUAUAUAGUAUGGGGAUAGCUGCUGGCACUCCUGUGCGUCUGGUUACAGUCUGAGUCAAGACUUGACAUUCCCGAGCCCGACAACGAAGGCCCAGAGAAGGUCAUUCCGUUUUAUGGGAAAAUGGAAGACGCUUGAUAGACCGUCCGUAUGCAGAAGUUCCUAUUACCGGUUUACCAGAAGAAUCUUUAGUUAAGGCGUCGAAAUUCGAGGGCAGGGUUAUGAGCAGCAAAAUGCCCUUCAUUCUACUCUUUUACUACUUUGACGGAGCCCUGUUGAAAGUCAUGAGGAGGUUUCAAAGGUGAUGCUUAAGCACAGUGAAUAAAUAAAAAUAAAAAGAAUAGUUGGCACUCUGUAGGGCUGACCCGGAUUUGAACCGGGGACCUUGGGAUCUCUAUAUCCAAGGGUUAGCUUGCUGCUGAGAUGCAUCUGUCUUAAUUCGCCACUUA